GGGGACAACAUUAGGGAAGCUUGAGAGAUAGGAGGACGAAUGUAUAAUAUAUAUCAAGAUAGACCGGGGUAAGCCCAAUCUACCAUCCCGCUAUAUUGGGCCCAAGGCCCAACUGUCAGAAACGUAGACGACCCAGGAUUAUGGGCUUACGCUGGGAGCAUGCAUGUAUUGAGAUGGACCGGGGAGGCCCAAGAUCUAGGUCCUGAACAUAGGUGGCCCAGAGUUGCGGGCUUACAUGCUCACCUGUUAGGCCCCUCUGCAGAGGACGGUAGCUUCCCUCGGACGACGUGGCGGUAAAGAAGCAGCAUAUCUCCCGCCACUGGGAGGAGUGGACUUCCUCCCCGGUUGUCAAACAGUGCCGUUCUCAGAACUCUAACCCUAGCAACCGGACGGGCCGGCGGAGAUAGAGGAAAGAUGCUUGAGCUCCGGCUAGUCCAAGGUUCACUCCUGAAGAAGGUUCUCGACUCCAUAAAGGACCUAGUGAACGAUGCCAACUUCGACUGCUCCGCUACCGGCUUCUCCCUUCAGGCCAUGGACUCGAGCCACGUGGCACUCGUCGCCCUCCUCCUCCGGUCGGAGGGCUUCGAGCACUACCGGUGCGACAGGAACAUCUCCAUGGGCAUGAAUCUCAAUAACAUGUCGAAGAUGCUCAAAUGCGCCGGAAAUGACGACAUCAUCACGAUCAAAGCGGACGACGGCAGCGAUACCGUCACCUUCAUGUUCGAGAGUCCAAGCUUCUUCUGCUACCUUGCUGCUGAUGUUUCUGGAGUUGCUGCUCGAUCGAUGCUAAUUCUGCUGCACUUACUCAGCUCUAGUUGCUGAUUUCAUUUCGUUAACUGUUGUUGUUUUUGAUAUGUUUGGUUGAGUGGAGCCUUAGGGAUUCCCUUUGAUCCAGACUACAUUCAUCAAAUAUGGCUUUCCACGAUCCUAGUUAUCCCUGUAAUUAUCUUGAUCUUUGUUCACAAUGUUAUAUCAUCAUUCAAAAAUAAAAAAUAAAAUCUGGAGGUUGUUUAUU